AUGUCCUUCUCCAAGAAGCCAGGGGUCGAUGAUACUGCCGUGGGUAGUAAAUAUGACUCUGAGAAGGAAGAAGCUCCAGUGACCCGACAGAUCGAGCAAUUGUACGAUGAGAAUGGAGAGCCACUAGCAAUUGAGCCCGGUACGCGUUAUAACGAGGAUGGAAGCUGGCUUGGGGAAGAUCCUCAGGAUUAUCAAAACACUUACGAAGAGGAGAAGCCGUAUAGCGAAGGAGAAAUCGAGGAGCUAUAUGAUGAGAAUGGCGAGCCUCUGGCAGUUGAGCUAGGUACUCGAUAUGAUGAGAACGGUCGCUGGCUUGGAGAGGAUCCUAAGGCUUACCCAGAAACUUCCGAAGGAAAGAAGCAGAAUGGGGAAGUGGAAGGGGUUGAGCGCGCGGAUAAGGAGGUCUUGACUAAAGAUAAUGAAGGUCAAGAGUCUGCAAGGGAAGCUGUGGAGCAACUUGUGCGACCAGGGGUGGAGACAAAGACUGACAUCGGGGUGGAAGGCUCAAGAGGAGGAUCCUGA